AUGGCUGACAUGAUGAGGACUCGGUCCAAGGGGCCGCCAAGAGAGACCUAUAUCUACAAGAUCCCCACAGCUAAGGAGUCGCCGAAACAUGAGCUAAAUUCGAUAUCACCGUAUCUCUCAGAAAUACUGCGGCACAUAAUCGCCUACCUCGAUCCACCAUCACUGUUGUCAUUGACACUGACGAACCAUUACUUUCACAAACUUAUAUCAUCACCCCAUACAUGGAGACUCCUCUUCCUCCAAUGGUUUCCAGAUUCAAAGGGCCAAUUCACACCCCUCACGGCCCCGCCCGAUCCGGCCCAGGCCAAGCUGCACCCGGACGACCUUGAAACGAACCACUGGCGCACCGAAGCCAUCCUACGCUCUCGUCUUCUCCGUAACCUUAACAAAGCUCGCCCAGAACUCCGUGAAGCUGGAAAUCGUAACACUAGCAGCACAUAUGUCGAGCCACAAUUUAAAUCUACUCACCUUAAGACCAUUCCUAAGAGUGUGAUCAUGUCAAUGAUGCACUUGAUACAGCCACCGAUCACACAUCUUUUCGCGAACUUUGAUAAGGAGCCCUUGAAACCCAACGAAAAAACCAACGGCUCACCGCCUGAUUAUCAUCCAAUUCCUUCAUUCAGGAGCUGUAAUUUAGGAAAUGGACAGGCGAGUGUUUGGUCCCCUGGGAACGGGCAGUUCAAGACCGAAGAAGACAGUGGGACUAUGGUCUUUACAAGAUACGAGAAAUCGCAGCACACACUUGCGACGUCUUUCGAUGUUAUGGAAAUCGUGGAUGUGCACCAAAAUGGUGCUGGGAGUUUUGCUGUGAUUGGCCGCAGAUGGAGCGAGAAUAGGGUUAAUAUCCUCUGUGGCUUUAGACUUGGGACUGGUGAGUGUAUGGAUUAUCCCAUUGCACAUGAACCAGCACAAGCAAUUGUCGGGAUUGGGACUGGCGUAUGGAUUGCGGAUUUGGCCGGAUACGGUGCCAUCCCAGGCGUAGGAUUAGAGGAGAUGACUGAAGAGGAACAAGCCGCUGCUCGCGCAAAGAGAGAGGCGGCGGAGCAGAAAGGCGGGGACCAGGUUUCAAGGAUUCUUGCUUCGAAUGAUCCACAGAAUCAUCUCGAGGGAAAAUAUAAACCUGUUAGAGUACCAGAAGCCAGUGGAAUUUUUUCAGAAUAUGGCGUCGGCCUCGUUUACAUUACAAGCGAAGGAGAUGUUCACAUGCUUUCGGUGGACACGUUUCCUCUUGCCCCUGGGCAUCAAAUACAUCGAGCUCUCGAGACAUCUCGUAUGGCAAAGUGGAGGAUUUCCCCGAGGUGUGCACUCGUUAGCGUCAAAGUUGACAACGACUAUACCCCGGAGAAGAAGGCACUUGGCCGGCCGUGGUGUGUUGUUCAGAACAUCGUGGGAGAGAUAUGGACCUUUUCUGGGGAUCCCAGGUCGCGGCCAGACCCAGAGGAUAAUGGGCUUACGGAGGAAGAGGAGGAUGAAGCGGAUUUGCAACGUGCGGACACAGAAAUUGAGAAUGGCCCGAUUGGAGACGACCUUAGCAUCAUGGAUCAUGUCGAACGGCAUGCUGCUUGGAUGAGAAUACGAGCAGAACUAGCGGCUACCUACAAGACCGAGCGAAACGCAGGGCGAGAGGAAGAGAUGAAGCGAAUUGCGGCGCACGUUCAGGGCCACUGGACCAUGCUCGAGGGAACUAGGGUAGAGAGGCCGAUAUCAGGAUUCUAUCUGGAUGACCUCUACCGGGAUACGGGGCUUAUUGUUGGAGACAAUGAAAACAUUCAGCCUCUCAAAUUACCGUGGAUAAUGGAGGUGGAUUUUGGAGGUUACAAUAUCGUAUCAUUCAGCACCACAAGCACCGAAGAGCGAAGGGUUCAGGGAUUCAGAUACCGUUUAAAUACUCUUUUCACUGAGAAGAAGCCGGAUGUACCGGAGACCGAGAUCCUUGGAAGUCAGGCUUUUGCUGGCUCAGCCGACGACUGGGCAAAGACUCGUCUUCGGAUACCUAAAUCUGGAGAAGAGAUUUUCGAUCAAGGUAAAAAUCCACAGAACAUCACGGCUUUGGCUAUGGAUGAUUCCUUUCUGGCGAGAGCGAUGCCAGUGUCCCCAAAUGAUAAUACCGUUGGCGGAAACGCACGAUUAUUUGCGGUCGGCACAAACCACGGGAGGGCCUUAGUAUUCAAUAUUAGAGGAAGCCCGACCAAGAGGACGAGUGACCUCCUAACACCUAUCCGGGUAUGCAAGAUUCCAGGGACGCCUAAGAUUACUUGUGUCUCGGUUACAUCUCUAGCUGUGAUCGUUGGUGCAAACAAUGGCGCAAUUUCGGUAUUCGAUCCACUGGGGUCAUCCGGAGAACCUGUCCGUAAGAUCGUACAUGCCAUGUCGAUUGAAGCGAAGAAAGACUAUUUCACACGGACGGCGCAAUAUGGCUGGGGUCGGACGGAGCAAGAGAACACUUGGCAAGAGGAGACGAGUGCUUAUAGAAUAUGCGCGGAUCCAAAUGCCAGGAACUGGAGGGGAGCAGCUAUUCUUGGAUGUAAUAUUUUGUACUGGGAUGAGACGGACUUUUUGAAUUGGCAGGAAGCGGAUGAUUUGGCGACAAGAAGGAGAAGGAGAAUGGAAAAAGUUGAGAGGUUGAAGGCAGAGGAAGAGGAGGCUGCGAAGAAUCGACGAAGUCCAAGGCCGGCGUUGGGGCGGGUAGUUCCUGGAACGACCCCUGGUAGCCAUAUCGACUUGGGACUUCAUUCGAUAGCGGUAAAUGACGAAGAUCCGGUUCGAAAAUGGGAAGAGGCGCAUGGGGAGCUGACGGAAGAGGACAGGAGGUUGCUCAAGGAUAUUUCCGGGAUCAAUAUUGAUGAUGAAUAG